ACUUUACAUAGCUAAGUUUAGUUUGCAUACAAAUACGAUCCUGACAUACAGCAAAAUGACCGGUCAGGGAUCUCUCCGCUGCAUCAUUUGUCUGGAUCUUUUAAUAAAUCCAGUGACUAUUCCCUGUGGACACACUUUUUGUAAGGACUGUAUUACAGGUUUGUGGGAGCAGAAUGAUGAUCGAGAAGAUUACAGCUGUCCUCAAUGCAAACAGACCUUCUCCCAGAUACCUCGUCUAAUCAAGUGUGUAGUAGUGAAGGAACUCUGUGAGAAACUGAGGAAGAUGAGAACCAAGACUCACAGUGAUGGUCAUGAUGUGAGCUGUGAUUCCUGCACCACCAGAAGAAUGAAAGCCAUCAAGUCCUGCCUCACCUGUCUCGCCUCAUUCUGUGACAGUCACACUGAACAACACAAUGACCUCCACAGAUGGAGGAAACACCACCUCAUCGAUGCCACUGAUCUACAGAGUAAAACUUGUACUCAACAUGGGAAACUUCUGGAGUUCUACUGUCAUACUGAUCAGCAAUGUAUUUGUGUGCUCUGUGGAAUGAAUGAACACAAGAAUCACGACACCAUCUCAGCUGCUGAUGAACGAGAAGAGAAACAGAGAAAGUUGAUGAAGACACGUGAGAAGUUUCUGCAGAAAAUCCAGGACAGAGAGGAGGAUUUCAAAGAGCUUACUAAGGUUGAGGAGUCUGUUAAACAUUCAGCACAGUCAACAGUAGCAGAAAGUGAAAGAAUAUUCAGUGAGGUCGUGAGCUUCAUUCAGAAAACAAGCUCUCGAGUGAAAGAAGUGAUUUCCAAUAAAGAGAGAGCUGAACUCAAUCGUAUUCAAGGACUUCAGGAGAAAGUUCAAGAGGAGAUUGCUGACAUGAAGAUGAAGGUAUCUGAGCUUGAUCAGCUAAUGCCCACUGAAGAUCACAUUCAGUUCAUCCAGGUAAUACAUCUCAUUUUACCAUCUGAAGUUUCAGGCUCUGUUGAUGGAGCGGCAGAAACACCAGAAACUGUGAAACCUGCAGCUCCAACAUCCUCCUUUCACACUCAGUUUACCGAGAAAGAAGAUCUUUGGGUUUGUGAAAAAAUGAAAUCAACAUCACAGGCUGGAUUAACUGUCAUGGUUGCUAAAAAAGACAGGCAGUGGGUUUGUGACGUCUGUUUGGUGAUAAAUAAAGGUACAUCCAGCCUUUGUGAUGCAUGCCAGACACCCAAACCAAAAAUGAAAAGCAGAACUCCUACUGUGCCAAAAGUUAGUUUUGCUUGUUCUUUCAACCAACUGGCUGUAACAGGAGUAAAAGCAUCCCCAGCAAGCUUAAAGUGUGAGUCGUCAACAACCCAAGCGGAUAAGCAGAUAAAGAAUUCAACUUUUUCAUUUUCUACUCUAGCUUCUACUGGAGGAUGUAAGUUUGGCAACGUGUCUUCACCUGUUCCCAAAUAUACUGCUGAACAAGACAAGAAUAAAGGAACUACCUGCUCACCAUCUGCGGAAAAGACUAGUCAAGAUGAUAAUCCACUUUCUAUUAACAAGCCCAAGUCAAUGAGUUUUGCAGACUUGGCCAAGUCCUCACAAAGUUCUUUCCAGUGUGGCAAGGAGGAUGUUUUCCAUUUCGGGGAAUCAAUUGCAGAAUUUAGUUUCAGUUUUCCUUGUUUUCCCAAAUCCUCCUCUGUGCUAAACCAGAGUCAGACUUCACAGAUAAUGAACGAGAAAGAGCAAGACGGUCCGUACUUUGAGCCAUUACUUGAUCUUGUUGAGAUCUCAACUGGAGAAGAGAACGAGCAAGUAGUUUUCCGUCACAGAGCCAAACUCUACCGCUAUGAUAAAGAACUAUAUGAAUGGAAGGAAAGAGGUGUAGGAGAUCUGAAAAUACUUCAGAAUUAUGAAACCAAACGUGUAAGACUCGUGAUGAGACGCUACCAGGUUCUUAAGUUAUGUGCAAAUCACUGGAUUACUUCAGAUAUGACACUCAAACCGAUGAAGGGCAUCGAGAAAGCGAUGAGCUGGAGGGCCUUUGAUUGUGCUGACGGAGAGGUCAAGGGUGAAUCGUUAGCUGUGCGAUUCAGUCUGAAGGAGACUGCAAAUGCUUUCGAAGAAAUCUUUGAAGAAGCAAAAGAUGCCCAGGCAAACAAAACACUUCUCACCCCAUUUUCUUUAAGAGCACAUGCCAUCAUUCAUAAUGUGGAGGGGAAACCUGAUGUCGUGCACAGAACCAAAAACACCAACAUAGUGGUUUCUUCUCCAAAGUUUGUCUUUGGAACAGACAUUCAGAAGAUUUUUGGAAGUCCUUUGUCAUUAAAAGAAAUGCUUUCUAUUCUUACUUCAAAAGAUGAAGCAACUAGUUUUGCCUCAAUGCUAAAAUCCUUAGACCUGAGCAAUCGACCAUCAGUGGAGACCAUCAAUCCAAUCAAUGUCCCAGAAAAAGAUGAAGAUUUUGAAACGGCAGUGAAAUCUUUUAAUGGAAAGCUGUAUCCUGAUGUUCUUGUGCAAGGAGAUGCAACAUGUCAUGAUGCUAAUGUUCCUUUUGAAAAUGCUGGAGCUGCAACAGAGAGUCAGAAUCACGGAACAGAAGAGGUUCAUCUAUCAUCUAGUAAGGAGGAUGAGAAGAUUUUGUUCAAGGAGAAGACCAAACUUUACCACGUGGACCAUGAUAUUGGAAAGUUGAAAGCCCAUGGUGUAGGAGACAUUAAGAUCCUCUUCCAUCCAAUGAAAAAUGUCUACCAUGUACUUAUGAGGCAAGAGGGUGAUAUUAAGAUCUGUGCCAACCACCCCAUUUCCAGAACCAUUCAGAUGAAACUUCUGAAAGCCACUUCUAAUGCAGUGGUGUGGACAGCUACUGACUAUACAGAGGGAGAUGCUAAAGUAGAGCAGUUUGUAGCCAAGUUUAAAACUCCAGAGUUGGCCAAGUCCUUCAGACGUACUUUUACAUACUGUCAAAGUCGCAUGAUGGAGUUCAGGAAACAUUCCACUCAGACGGUUGGAGUCAUGGGACUUUCCAAAAAGUAAACCUGUGGUGUCUACAGUGCCUUCCCAAGAUCCAGCAACGAAAGGAAGUUUGAAGAUGAGAUGUCCAUGGCCAUCAUGUAGAGAUGCCACCAACUCCCAGUUCUUAAUUCUAGCCUCACUAAUCCUCACUAAACAUGACGGCCAUGUUAAAUUAUUAUUAUUAUUUUUUUUAUCUCUAUUCAGCUCUGCAAUUUCUCAGACCCUCUAAUUGUGUUUAAUAUGACUGUGGGUUAAAAUGUACUCUUUUAUUUAUUUUAUGUAUCUGUAUGAUUCAGUAACAAUGAAAACACUUCUACUAUUUGCCAAAAAUGCCCUUUAAAACCAUUUUCAGUGACAGACAUUUGAUUUUUCCUCUGUAGAUAUAAAACUCUUUGUUUUUUUCAGUAAAUAUGAGUCUUCAGAAACCUUUGAUUAAUAGAUAAACAUACUGUUGUUUGCAUAUCAGGAUUAACUUUUUGUCAUUCAGCACUUUACACAGAUGCACAAAAUGUUGAGGUUUUUAUGUAGAAAAUGCAUUAAUAAAUAAUUUACCAAAUUUAUGAAAACCAUAGCGUUCCAAAGAUGACCGCCGAGUGGACUGACUUGACAUGAAACUUCUUUAUGCUGCAUGCGUGCGACUCUUAUCAAAGAGUGUUUAGCAGAGACGGGCCACUUCUAUUUAAAUAAAUGGGAGAAAUUGGGACGACCAACGAUCAAACGGAUGUAGAAACAAAGUCCAGCCUGAAAGGUAAAAGAGCCAAUCACCUUUUAGAUACAGACAUCGCCUAUCAAUCAAUUUGUAAUGCGCAUGCGCAUUAGCCAUUCAAGCCGUUAGCGUAAUAUGAGGUAAAGAAGCACAAUUUGUGAUUCCAGUAUUGUCAUAUUUUAU